GCAUGUCACCCUUCUUCACUUCUCUCUGGCACGUUCCCAUAUCGCCAAAUAAAAUUUAUAGCUAGCAACCUCCUCCCUAGCUCGAACAGUUCACGAAUUCUUCCCGAAGAACAGAACGACAUCUCAAAUGGCAAUAUCACCCGAGCAGGAGCACCCCGUGAAAGCCUUCGGGUGGGCUGCCCGAGACUCCUCCGGCCAUCUCUCUCCUUUCAGAUUCUCUAGAAGGUCCAUUUUCGAUCUUUGUUUCUCAUAACAUGAGAUACUGUCUCGUUCUUGAGGGCAACAUGAGAGAAGGAUGUUACUUUCAAUGUUUUAUAUUGUGGGAUAUGCCACUCCGACCUUCAUAACAUUAAAAAUGAAUGGGGAGGUGCCACGUACCCCAUGGUGCCCGGGCAUGAGAUUGUGGGAGUGGUGACAGAAGUAGGCACCAAGGUGACAAAGUUCAAGGUCGGGGACAAGGUUGGUGUUGGGUGCUUAGUGGGAUCAUGCCAUUCUUGUGAGAACUGCGCCAAUGAUCGCGAAAACUACUGCCCUGAAAUGAUUCUCUCUUAUAAAAGGAAGUAUUAUGACGGCACCAUCACCUACGGGGGCUACUCCGACAUCAUGGUGGCGGAUGAGCACUUCGUGGUGGCGAUUCCUGACAAUCUGCCGCUCGGUGGUGUGGCUCCACUCCUUUGCGCUGGAAUUACAGUCUAUAGUCCAUUGAAGUAUUAUGGGCUUGAUAGACCCGGGCUCCAUCUCGGUGUGGUCGGGCUCGGUGGAUUGGGCCACAUGGCUGUCAAGUUCGCUAAGGCCAUGGGAGUCAAGGUGACUGUCAUUAGCACCUCCCCAGGGAAAAAGCAGGAAGCAAUGGAGCGCAUCGGGGCCGACUCGUUUUUGGUUAGUCAUGACCAAGAACAGAUGCAGUCUGCUAGUGAAACAAUGGAUGGUAUCAUAGAUACAGUCUCGGCAGUUCAUCCGCUCCUACAUUUGCUUGGUCUGUUGAAGAGAGAUGGCAAGUUAGUUAUGGUUGGUGCACCAGAGAAGCCGCUCGAGUUACCAGCCUUCCCGCUGCUCAACGGUCGGAAGUUUGUCAGCGGAAGUUCAAUCGGUGGGCUAAAAGAGACACGAGAGAUGAUAAAUUUCGCUUCAGAGCACAGCAUCACAUCAGACAUCGAAGUUAUUUCAAUGGACUAUGUGAAUACAGCAAUGGAGCGACUAGCAAAAGCAGAUGUUAGAUACCGGUUCGUUAUAGACAUUGGGAAGUCUACUGCCUAAGAAUAACGUAACCAUCGGUUCACAAGGACGAUCGAGAAGUCACUUAGAGAGAGGAUUGAUUCUUUCAAAUUUUCCGUGUCGUUUCUCAUUCACUUGCCUGUUGUAUAUGCAUGGAUGUCCCAUGCAUAGUUGCCAUUUUCUGAAAUAAAGUCCAAUAGUGGAUCCAGUGAUACAGUUGUCAUACGACAAGUUUGAUGAGUGUUCUCUGUAUGUUCAUAUAAUUGUUGAACUUUUUUUCAAGAAGCAGUUAUCCAGGAUUUGCAAUAUCUUUAAAUUCGAUCAUCAGUGGUCGUAUUAUUGUCGGGUCAGCUUAUUAGUAAAUACAAUUCUAUUAGUCAGGUCUCGACAAAUGACGAUGUCGUAUUCUUAGAUCAGCCAGGGACCAGCUUCAACCUGGACAAUCUUGGGUGAUGUCGCCAUCCUUGGUGUUUGAUGACCUCCAUAGACAACACUCGAAGUAGAUUCUGCAUCCAUUUUAGGUCGGCCCUUUGAUAAUAAUUGAGCUCUCAAGCUUAAUUUUAUUGAUCCUU